AUGUGGGGCACCAAAAGUUUGUGGAUCCUGUUCUUUUCUCUCAUCGGCGUUAGCUCCGGAACCGCUGAUAGCGCGAAGCUGUACGACAGUCAAUGGCCGAUUCCUUUCAAGCAAAAUGCUCAGACGCUUCCCUCAAUUGAGGUGAAGCUAGCUCCACCUGAGGAUGCUUUGCCCCAAGUGACAGGGGAAAUACAGCUUCUUGAAAGAGCGCGAAUGAGACUAGAGGAGGGACUGAUGGCCAAACUCGAAGACGAAUACAACAGGCAGCUCGAUAAUUCGCAAAUACAGAUUUCUGGUGCUGUGGAAAGGGCAAUGAGAGUAUUCAACAGCCCAAACAUUCUCCGGAGCGCAGUCAAAUCGUCGAUGACACCGCUUACCACGGCCUCAGCCGCCCCCCCGCAGUUCCUCCAAGUUCAAGCCAGAAAGGACACUGUGCCCAACAAAGUAACGCACAGCGAAGUGAAGGAGCACGUAAAUGGGCCCAUACCAGUCGCCUCUGCCGUGUCUGCCACUUCAUUCCUUGAAACGGCGGAUCCGCUUCCAUCCGUGAAAGUUGAGCUCACGGGUGUAAAAGAGCCUAGCCCGCAGAUAAAGGAGAAAAUGGAUGAAAUAGAAGAACUUCGGACAGAUGAGGAAACCAGGAUGUUUCAGCAAGCAAUCUCGGAAUUCGAGCAACUCACCAAAAUAACGGUGCAGGAACUCGAAAAAAACAUCCAGAUUCAGAUGAAUCCUUUUCUCGUUGAUACUGAGACUGUGGGAAUCGCCAUACACGAGCAGUUGAGCGGCACUGCCCCGGCAUCACGGACAUUAGCAUUUCUGGAGGUUGACGAAGAAGGGAAAUGUCAAGAGUUGCGAACUCGAUACCCAGAUUUCAAAGUCGAGUGCCCACAAGGAAAAGAAACAGAAACAGUAGACCGACAAGCUUCGUUUCUUGAACUCAGCGAAACUGCAGCUACCGAACAAAAUAGCACGCUGAUUGGUUCUGAAACGGAAAAACAGCUCAACGUCAAAGUGACCCAGUCUGACAAACCGUACCCGACAGUGGACGAACUCGUUAGCGAUAUGCAGAAAAAAAGGGACGCAACUGAACGGCUCGAGAGAAUGAAGAUUCUGGAACUGCAAUUGAAGCUGCUGAAGACGAAAUGA